GGCAGUUGUCUUUUUAAUCUCCCUUGCCUUGUUAUUAUGAGCAGGCGCUUUUAAUAAAACUGUACAACAUUAUCUCCUGCACAAGGAGCCCAACAGCUAGCUGAACUGUCAAAAAAAAAACUUGCAUCAAUACAUUUGCGAGGUUGCACCCACGCUAGCAGUGCGGAUUGAACUAGCACUGCACUGUGGGAGUCUGUCGGUUCAGCAGCCUACGCACUUGUAUAAGCGGGCGAGGCGCAACAGCAGCAACAUAGUCGAAGCUGAACUCUUGAAAUCAAGAGAGACUCAGUGGUGAAUUCAUCCACACGUUCAGACUCGGUUAUUGUGAAGGCUGCAUAGUGGAGUUUUUAUUCCUGCAUUUCCGGAGGAUUCACACAUUUAUCAAUUUAACAAGCUUGAACAAUGGAGCUCUCCCUAAUGGCUGCGCAGCACUUCCCAGCCAUGAGUGGAGCCUUCAUGGACUCCCCGUACAACGGAAACACUUCCUUACAAACCUCCACCUCCAACCUCCACGCCAACACCCGCCCCCAGGAACCAGAAGAGGAGUCCAAGUUCUCCAGCGAGGCCAUCUGGCUGUGGAUCGCGAUCAUCGCCACCAUUGGGAACGUCGUGGUUGUGGCAGUGAUUGGGGACCACCGAGCAAUACAGUACGGACAAAGGACUUUGAAAAGAACAAAAAGCCAUGUGUGUGUAAAUGGAAUAAGAUCGGCAACUUCAAAGCUGGUUGAGAUACUGUACUGUCACUUCACUUCGCUGGAGAAAAGCUCUAGUUACUGCCUUGACUAAUGGCAUACACAUCUGUCUGUGCAAGCAUUUUACACACGUGCAUGAUGGAGCAGCAGCUAGUAUAGCCCACUGGAGAAAGACCACUGUCUACAAAUUGAAUUGUGGACAUGUCGUUUUAAAAGGAACACAGUGACUUUACCCAACAGGACAUGUUUAACACCACUGCAGCAUUUUCCAUCUCUUGUUGGAUCAAGGAGACUUACAUGAUAGGGUGGAUCAGUUUAAGGGACACAAGGAAUUUGCUCGUUCAAACGGUUUCUUCUUAAAAUACGUUUGAGAGCAACUCAAGUAUCACAAGAAAGUAUCAAAAACAAGGAAGUUAGAAUCAUUUUACUUUGUGGGACACGUAUGUCCGUUGCACCUGAAAGGGUUAAAUACUUCAGGCCUUGUUGCAUUGUUUUCAUGGAGUGUAACUUGUGCUAUCACAAGGAUUCAAGCAAGUAUAAUGCAUUGGCUGACUAAAUAUAUAUAUUGUUCAUAGCUUUCAGGAAGACAUGGGUCCCUUUAGCAUUAUAAUGCAAUCUGCCAUACAGCAUUCAACAGACCAAGAUAUUCUGGCAAUGUAUGAAGACCAUCAUUAAGGACAGCAGUGGACCAUACUGAUAUCACACAUAAGAAUGGGGGGGAGGGUUAGUGUAGCUAUCUUGAUCUGCAGUUCGGGACCGAAACACACCUUUGAAUUUCUUGCUGUUGACUGUGAAACCGCAUUAUGCAAAGGAUUGAAACACAUAGGGAAGAUGACGGUUGCAGAGGCCCGUGACAACCAAAAGGCUUUGAUCAACGUGCACAAUAACAGUGCAGGAGCUGCGUCAACCAGAACAGAACGCAGUACCCAAAGCAGAAUGGAUCUUUAGUCACGGAGCGGUGCGGUCAUUUCUCAAUCAAGUAAUAAUACUUUUUUUUUUUUUCUUGAACCAGUUUGACCAGCUGCAAAUCGAGCACAAACACCAGCUCCGAUCAGCAGGAAACCAGUGCUGGACAUUGCUGGUCUUUCUAACAGGGUCAGGGACUACUUGGCAUGCUAAGGCAUGCUUAUACAUUGAAGUUCCAAGGUUUGGAUCAUGUACUGUAGGUAUCUUUUCAACGUCCCCACGCUGUAAAUUGAGAAGAUAAUGUAACUGUAAGUGGGUGCAUACAAUAUAUCUUUUUGUGUAUUAUUUUUUAUUGUGAUAGCAUUCAUCUGCAUUUGUAUUAAAAGCACAGGGACCCUGGAUUAGUUUAAUUUAUGUGCUGGACUUUUGGGUUGUUGUAGGAUCCUUAAUACCUGCUGCACAGGAAGCGAAUCAGAAGUAAGGAUCUUUUAAUACCUGCUGCACAGGAAGCGAAUCAGAAGUGAGGAUCUUUUUUUUUUUUUAAAGAAUAGUUUUACCCAUUUAAAUAAAGCACUAGUUGAAGGGAUAUAUUUGAUAUAAUUUGCAUUUCUGGAAUGUUAUCAUAAGUAUGUUCUCUAUCAUUUUUCUAUCACGGUUUCUACGUACAUGAUUAUUCACCAUGCUUACUAACAAAUCCAUCAAAAAAAACAAAAAAACAAAGUAAAAUCCUUUCAAACACUUAAUGCAACUCUGGUAUGUGAUUUAAAUUCAUGAAAAUAUUUAUAUAAAUUAAUUUCGGAGGGUACGGAAAUCCCUAGCGGUCCUGUCUAUAACAACCUCUAUUCAGAAAUCCAGCUAGAAGUUUUUUUAGCUGGAAUAGUUAGUAAGCAUGGUAAAUAAGUGUUCUUGUGCAAAACAGUAUUAACAGUCCAACUGACAUAUAACUGGUGAGUAGCUAUGCAUAUAACAUAUAACUAGAUCUGAAAGGGAUUUUUUGUGAUCUUUUUAUACCAGACAGUAUUAAACAUAGAGUUUUAACACAGUGUAGAUAUGAGUUUAACUCAUUAACGUGGUAUCUGUAAUAAUCUGUAUCGGUAGUAUAUUUUUCAGUGUACUGUGAUUAACUAGAUUAACAAAAAUGGAAUAUGCAACAUUAUUUUUAAAGUGCCAGUAACUACCCUUUAAGCACUAUGAAAGCACUAGGAUAAUUUGAGAAAACAAACAUUUAAGUCUCACGUACUGCGUUUUAAUGGCAUAGCGUCUGCAUUUUCAGAAUAUUACGAUUGGUAUGUGAUUACUCUUAUGUGUGUUGUAGUUUAAUUCUAUAUUGCUGUUUUUCGAUCAUUAUUUUCUUUUGUCUUCCAUUUACUGACUGGAAGUUCCCCUUGUCAUUUUUUAGUUAGUGUACAAUUUUGGUUUUGUUGAUGAUUGGGAAACGCUCUGGGAUGGUUCGCCAUGAAAGGCGCUAUAUAAAAUGAAUUUGAUUGAUGGAAAAUGAGGAUAAAGGAGGACAGAGAACAUACAUAAUCAGAUUUAUAUUCUGGAAAUGCAGAUGGUAUCAUUUUAAAUUGCAUUGAAUAUUUCGUAACAUUUUGCAAUCCAUAUUUGCUUUAUGGUUGAGUUGUUCACUUAAUAUUAAUUGAUUUGUAAGAAAGACUUAUUUUGGUAAAGCGACGUACUUUGUAAGAUAUGAGGAGCGAAAUAUUUUUAAGCCAUUUGAGUAUCAGUUUUCGCAUGGGAUAAAAACAAAAUAUAAGAAUUUUACAUUUGUAUUAAAAAAACUAUAUAUAAAUAAAGAAUGCUUCAGAUGUAAAAUAUGUUUUUUGGUGUAAAGAAAAUGCUGUUUUAUUAUUGUUUGAAAAUGGCUUGCUGUUAAAAUGCAUUAGAUUUGUGA